AUGUCGCAACAACCUUUUCAACCCUGGCUAUGGAACUAUCAACAACAAGAGGAAUUAGUGCAACAACAGCAGCAACAACACCGUCAUCCUGCCGCAUCCACGACUUAUCAACCAAUGCAGCUGGAAUACAUUGAUGGCUCAAAUCAGCCGUCACAUUUAUUAUAUCAAGACUUUUAUCUGGCUAACCCGCAAAACGAAUUGCAAGCAGGACCACAGUCUCGACAAGACCAACCAUCGCUCAGUCUUUCACAAUUACCUACUGAUGUGUUUACAUUCGGUGGUCUGCCAACGUAUUCUAUUUCACAAUUGACAAACGAACAACAAACGCCGGUGUAUACAGACGGUUCCAAUCUGUCUAUGCAUGAACAACUAAUUACAGGUUCUAUUCAGCAACAGAACGACACUCUAUCUACUCUGCUUACGCAUCGGCAACAACGUCAACAACGGUGGUUGUCGCAGUAUCCGUAUUCUAGACAGCUUGAAGUACAAACACCAAACGAACUGUUUACGCCGAUGCAAUCUGAACAUCAAUUGGACCAACAUGGAAUUGUCCAAUCGAGCCAUUUGGAUUAUGUUCAGUCACAGGUCUAUUCACCAACAGAGAUUAUUCCCCGCCCGUCUCAGUCGCAAGCAAACAUUCAGCAAGUGUCUCUACAGCAAAGUAACUUUGAUCGAUUAGUAACCGGGUUUCCAGAUAAAUCUUCUCAGAUGGAAAUCGACGAGCGAUCUUCGCGAUCUCAAGUAAUCGGUCAGCGAGGCCCUA